AUGUCUGUGUGCAGGUCGUUAUUAUUGAUUCUGCUGCUCUGCGUGCUGAAGCUGAGCGUCUCGCGCAGAAGCGCUACCGAGGACGCAGAGAGCGUGGAGAAGGUGAACAGCGCGCGCUGCACCUCGCGCUGCCUCACGCUCCACAUCACUCAGCUAACGGCUGCUUUCAAACGCGUUCAGAGUGAUGAUGUUCUAGGCUGGUGCGAAAACCAGAGGAGAUGUUCUCAGUGCCUACAGCCAUGCAAGGAACUCUGGGAAACAAGAAGACUUCUGGCUCACAAAUUUUGUGAGAAGCACCACGAAUGCGUGACCAGUGCCGAGUUCCUGCAGUCACUGCAGAUGCAGAAGCAGGGUGAUUGUCCUCCCCCUCAGAAGGCAACAGGGUUUGCAGCAGCCUGUGUGGAGGGCUGCAGUGCUGACCGGGAAUGCUCGGGCUCUAAAAAGUGCUGCUCCAAUGGCUGUGGACACACCUGUCAAGCGCCGGCCAACCUUUACAAAGGCGUCCCUCUAAAGCCAAGGAAAGACAUGGCCUUUUUAGAGGAUACGCAAGGACAGCUGGAAGUGACGUGGAUGUCCAAAUUCAAUGUGUCCAUUGAGCCAGUUCUCUAUAUACUGCAGAGGAGAUGGAACCAUGGCAUUCAUCCCAGCGAAGACGACGCCUCACCUUGGCACACAGUUCUUAUGACCAUGGAAGAACGAGCCGUGUUGAAGGACGUGCGUCCCCACAGGUGGUACCAGUUUCGAGUGAGUGCCGUCAACAGCCAAGGCACACGUGGCUUCACUACUCCCAGCAAGCACUUCUUCUCAACACGAGACCCGUUCCCCCCUGAGAGGCCACAGAACGUCAGGGUUGAGAACCAGACGGUGAACGCUGAUGGCCGAGUGAGCGUGCUGCUUCGCUGGGACCCCCCUGGAGAGGGAGACCUGCCACUCCACCAUUACAAAGUAACCUGGAGUGGCCAAAGCUGGAAGGAGAGCAGCAGGGUCGCAGACGGGACACUGACUGAGAUGGAGCUGGGUGGACUUCAGCCUGAUACACACUAUGUAGCACACAUUCAGGCAAUCUCAUUCUGGGGACAGAAGCGCUUAAAGAGUGGCCGUGUACAGGUCUCGUUUACCACCGCUGCUACUACUGGCUCCUCAUCACUUUCCCGAGACUUCUCCAAUGAGCUGCCCAUUUCUCGAUCGUCUUCUAGAGUUCUCCGACUGGAGGCUGCUGCCCCCCACUACCAUAACAAUCAGCUGCAGGUCAAGGUGUUCUGGAAGAGUCGACUCCCAGAAAACCAGAGGGGUUCCACAUCAUACCUUUUAAGCUGGUUUCCAGAGGUAUGCGCUAAUAAUGUGACCAAGACAGAGAACAAGGCUACUGUACAGGGCACACAUUAUGUUAUCACAGGACUUCUCUUUGCCUGUAAGUAUAAGAUGGCUGUGAUGCCCCUCUCUGAACAUGGUGAAAAGGCCGGGGCUGUGACCUCUGUUACUACCCCACAGUGCUCAACACUAAAAGGCCGUGGGAAGAAACUCCUAUCUUGUGUCAAUGAUGAGCGCCAUCUGCAGGCUAAGAAAGCACUGCAGCGCCCUGAGAAGCUGACUGCAGUGUUUAGGACAGUAAACGGCUCCCUGGAGGGACUGUUCAGCUGGCAGGUUUCUGAGGCCGCCCCAGGUCAAACACCCAUCACUGGAUUCCAGUUCUCCUGGUUCAAAAUCUCGAACAGCCGAGUGAACAAACCUGCAGACACACUCAUCUCUCAAACACUAAAUCUGGCACCUGAUCAGUUUUCACUCAGGGUGGAGCAGCUGCAACCAGCGAGUGUCUAUAAGGUUCAGGUGCAGGUGUUGUCAGAAGCAGGCAGUGGAUCUUCAGUGGCCAAAAUUCUGCACACUCCACAGCUUAAAGUCACAUCGCUGUAAGGUUGUAAAGUUUCAUCACUAAAGUUUCGGCUCGUUCUGAAACGUCUCCAGUUCACUCCAGAACAGUGUUUCCUCACUGGUUUGUUUGUAACCAUGAAUACAUUGCAUGAUGACAAUGAUUUAAAUGAAGGUUUUUAAAUAUGAUCAUGAAAAUGACAUGUUCUAUAAGUUAAAUGUUCAGAGAGGUUAGAAGCCUAUAUAAUUUAAGCAUACUUUACCAUGUAAAAAUGUGUAGCACUGAUGUAUGUAGUAUGUAGUGACGGACGUGUGCUGUUUUAUUUUUGUAAUCUUGUUAGCUCAUGUAUUACUUGUUAUUUUACAUAAUGGUUUUUUUCAUGAAUAUUUUUUUGUGUUUUCAAUCCCUGAACGUUUUUGAGCUUUGCUAGUAUUGUGAUAAAUUAUUUGUUAGCCAACAAUCCACUUACUGUCUACUGUUAUCAUUAAAUAUUUAUUGUGAUGUGCUAAACAGUGGAAGGCGUCCUUGAUUUUGACCUGUGCUCUGGCUUUAGGUGAAAAUCCAUCCAUCAAAUCAAUUUCAUUUCCAGCAUACGUGCUUUAUAACAGCGUUGUUACAAAAGAUUUAUCAGGUUGUUGAUAGUAUUUGGUUAAAAAUGAUGAACAUUAAACCUGAUACUUUAAUACUUCAGUCACUUCAAUCCUAGCAAAACGAUCCCAUACUGGAUUUGCGAUGAUGACAUACACAUAUGAAUAAUAACCAAUAACAUUAGUGUCCGAAAUCCAUCGUAAACUGUAAUUCCCAGCAUUUUUAUUGUUAUAAUGAAUGACUCAGUGUUGCAAUUUAAAUGCAAUGUUGCCAUUUUAUCGUGAACAUUAUUCAUUUUACAUUCUGGCAGUUUUCUGUUGCACAGUCUGUAAAUAUUGCACUUGAUGUUGUGUA